CGCGGCCCCGCGCAAGCCCUACUAGGUACUAACCCCCUACGUACUGCCGCCGCCAUGGAGCUCAUGGACCAGACGGGCUCGUGCAGCAUCCGCGUGAUCGACCUGGACGACGGCUCGGUGCGCGCCAUCUCGUGGGACCCGAACGUGCCCGACCAGGUCUUCGAGAGCCUCGUGGAGUCGCAGCUGCGCGCGCAGUUCGGCGUGUCGGACGAGGCCUGGGUGGACCUCAUCGACACGGCCAACUCGAGCCUCGUGCACAUCACCAAGGACGUGCUGUCCAACGUCAAGGACUCGCUGUGCCUGUGCCUGUCGCCCAAGACGGAGGCGCUGGCGCCCAUGAAGACCAGCGAGGUGUUCGAGGUCGUGUUCCAGGACCGCGCGCUCGGCAUGACCAUCCGCGAGCACAACGAGAGCGUGAUCGUCAACCACUUCAAGCGCAAGCCCGACGGCGCGCUGGGCGAGGCCGAGGCCUCGGGGCUCAUCCAGCCCAACGACGUCAUCUACAAGGUCAACGGCGCGCGCACCGUCGGCCGCAGCUACGACAACGUGGUGCAGAUGCUGCAGACGCAGACCCGGCCGCUCAGCAUCCAGUUCUUCCGCCCGUUCCGCCGCGAGGGGCUCUUCGCCGUCGAGUUCCGCGGCGCCAGCCUCAACAUGACCAUCACCACGGACGACGUCAACGUCAUCGUCAAGGACCUGCCCAUGGCGCACCCCAACAUCGUGGGCUACGCCGAGGCGCACGGCGUGCGCAUCUUCGACAUCAUCCACGCCGUGGACGGGGAGGUCAUCAACGGCCUCGAGUACAACCGCGCCAUCAGCCUGCUGAGCCGCAGCACGCGCCCCAUGGUCGUGGUGGAGAUGCUCAAGGACCUGGUGCUCGCCAUGCGGCCCGACGUGUGCAGCGCCGUGAAGAGGAAGAACAACAACGCGAUCGUGGCCAUCGUGCGGUCGCCGUUCAUGCGGCUCUGGGACAGCCUGCUCAAGACCCGGGAGAGCAUCCUGCUGGCCGGCCCCGUGUCGCUCAAGCGCAAGAAGCGCUUCCACCUGCUGCUCACCGACCACGAACGCCUUCUCUUUGUCAAUAAGGACACUAACUUAUUAGAGGACGAGAUCAUGUGCUCGCAGAUCGUGACCGUGAGCUCGCGCUCCAAGUACCAGGAGCUCACGAUCUCCACGAGCAAGAUGGACUACGUGCUGAUCGACAACUUUAUCGGGCCGGUCAUCUGGGUGCGCGCCAUCCUGCCCUUCACGUGCACGCAGGGACUGCUCAAGGUGGCGAGCAGCAGGCGCUUCCUCGGCUCCAAGAAGCGGUAUUUCGUGCUGCGCGGCAACCGCCUCACGGGCUACAAGAAGGAGAGCAUGAUCCACCAGGUGGGCGCCAAGAGCAGCACGAUCUCCCUCGCGGACGCCACCAUCGACAUCACGGACCCGCGCAGCCUCAGUUUCAUCAUCACCACGCCCGAGUUCAGCCAGGCUGGCAAGAAGCUCAUCCUCACGGCGACUUCGACCCGCGAGUACAACAAGUGGGCCACAGCCUUCAAGGCGCAGCAGACAACGUCCCCUACCACUGCGGCGUGAUCAUAGCGAACGGGGCACCGCUGCUUCUUGGAGCCAGCCAGCGUAACUCAGCUCAGCUCAGCUUAGCUCGGACAUCGACCACGAGCGAACGGAGUGAGUGGAAGCCAAGCCUGCCUUCAGGGCAGCACAUCGACAGGAAAUAGUACUCUGCAGGAACCAAGGGAGGGGACUGCGACGAACACAUUG